UUCGGAUUUUCAGAGGGAGAGCUGUCGAAAGAGAUUGAAGCGAAAUUUCCUGAGUUUUGUUGGCAUAUUUGACCUUCGAUCUUUGAUCAUGCAGAGACUAGGGUUUCCAAGCGUAAAAAACUUUGAUCAAUUCAAAUCCUUAUCACGAUCCGGCUCUGGAGCCGCGAAAACCUUCCAAUUCUCUUCGCGCCCGUCUUCUGAUUCAAGUUCUCUGGGAAGUUUCGCAAAUUUGAAACUUACUGCAGAGAAACUUGUUAAAGAGCAAGCUUCUGUGAAGACCGAUCUCGAACUGGCGAAUUGCAAGCUGAAGAAAUCAAUGGACCAUAUCCGGAUAUUGGAGGAAAAGUUACAGAAUGCUUUCAACGAGAAUGCUAAGCUCAAAGUAAAGCAAAAGGAAGAUGAGAAGCUCUGGAAAGGUCUGGAGUCCAAAUUCUCUUCAACUAAGACUCUUUGUGAUCAACUCACAGAAACAUUACAUCAUUUAGCCAAUCAAGUUCAGAAUGCUGAGAAAGAUGAGGAAUUUUUCGAAGUCAAAGUGGCUGAAGGUUCAAAAGCGAUAGACUCACUGAAUGAGCAAUUGGAUGACCUUUCAUUGAAGUUAAGUUCUGCUGAGGAAACUAUCAGAAACAGUGGAAAGAAAAUAGAAGAACUCAAAUUUGAGAAAGAGGAAAAUGAUAGGUUUUACAGGGAUGAACAGCGCAAAACUGAGAACCUCAUUGAGGAAAAAGAUGCUCUAAUAAAGAAAUUUGAAGCAACCGUAAUUUCAAAUAAGCAGGCUGCUGAGAUUUUGAACUCUAAAAUGGGAGAAGUUCAGCUUGAGCUGAGAUUAAAAGAGGAUAAGAUAAAAUGUUUGCUAACCACCCAGGAGAAUUUGGAGAAAGAGAACAGUGAUCUUCUGUUGAGCAAUAAUGAAUAUGCUAAAAAGCUAUCAGUAUUGCUCCUGGAGAUAAAACAUCUUGAAAGUUUUGUUGCUUUGUUGUCUGCACAGUUGGUUGAGCUGGAUGUACAAAAUAUGACUUUUAAUAACAAGUUUGAUACACUAAACUCUCUCUACGACACUUGCUUUAAGUUAGUCCAACAGGAGAGAGAUCUUGCAGCUGAGAAUGCCCAAAAGAAGUAUGAGCAACUCCAUGAUAAAUUCUUGUGCAUAACAUCGGAAAGGGAUGCAUUAGAAUUGGUUAACCAGCAGUUAAACAGUAAGAUCAUUGAACUUCAGAAAGCCCAAGAGUCUGCUAUGGCACAGCUUUCAGAAGAAUGCCAUUUAGCUGAAAAGAGAAUCCAGAAGUUGGAGUCUGAAGCAGAAAAUCUAGUAUCAAAGAAGAUUGAAACAGAAAAGUUGAUUUCAGAACUGGAGGAGAAGAUUGACAGACUAUCCGAAAGUUCAAGAUCAUCCGAGAAUAAAAUGCAAGAUCUAAUGCUGAAAAUUUCAGCUUUGGAAAUGGAGAAUAAAGAUAAUACAGAGAAAAUGCAAGCAGAGAUACAUGGAAAAAUAGAAGAAAUUGAUAACUUGGGAAAGGAACUGGAGAAACAUGAGGCACAGGAAGUUUAUUUGGAGACACAAGUUAGUCAGCUGCGGAUCAUGGUAGAGGAAAAAGAACAGCUUAUCCUGCAAUAUAAAGAAAGGGAAAAGAAGCUGGAAGAUCAAAUUUCUGAGAAUCAGGCAAUUCUGGAAACAGCUGAAAGUAAACUUGUGGAAGCUAGGAAGCAGUAUGAUGUGAUGCUAGAAAGUAAGCAGCUAGAGUUAUCUAGACACUUGAAAGAGAUAUCUCAGAGAAAUGAUCAGGCUAUUAAUGACAUGAGGAGGAAAUAUGACAUGGAGAAGCAGGAGAUUGUCAAACUAGAAAAAGAGAAGGUUGACAAAGUUGUUGGAGAAAUGGAACAGAAAUGCGACCAGAAGGUUGUAGAGUGCAAAGAAGAAUUAAGGCUGCAGUUGUUGACCAUUCAAGAGGAAAAUGCUACCGUAAUCACUCGUCUUCAGCAGGAGCAUGAUAGAAAGGAACAGAAUCUCAAAGCUGAUCACCAUGAGGAGCUAAAACGUUCCCAACUUCAGGUAGAAGAGGAACUGAGAAAGGUAUCUACACUGUUAAGCUUUAAGUUUGAAUUAUUCAUAUUAGUAUCAAAUGUAUUUAAUUUGGUAAUACUAAUAGUUUAAUAAUUGGUCUAGAAAACAACAUCUCUU